GUGCCGGAAGAACAUGACAUCUGGGCUGUCGAUCUGCAUCUGGAGGUCAAUGAAGAUUCUGGUAGAUUCCAUACCUGGGAAGCUUUUGAAGGCAAGGAUGUUGCAAAUAGUCAGGCGACUGCGUACCUAUCAGAAGCAGGACCUGAUGCUUUCGAUGCUGCUAUUGCUACGAUAGAAAAAAGCAUUGGUGUCUUGCCCCAAGACUACACGCUUCGCUGCCUCAGUGCACUCGCUCUAGGACGGUCUUCAAGUCUGUUCUCGUGGAAGGAAUCCGAGCAGACCUUCCACCAGACAUUGCAAGGUGCCGCCAUCUCUGGCACCAGCUUGCGGUCUUCAGAAAGUUUCACCGCAAGCCUGCUCACGAUUGGCAACCAGAUCAAGCGACUUAGGAUCUUUUCCGAUACCACACGUGGUGUGCGUCACUCAUGUCCGGCGGUCUUUGCACUCAAAAGUUGCAUCGGCGAUCUUCUAGACGCCAUUGACGAGAGUGUUUCUGCAAGAGUUUCCAUUGUAAGAUCUAUGCUGCAAUUGCAAGGACUUGUUGCAAGGCCUGCUCAACUUUUGGCAAUCAUGACUCUGCUUGUCGAAUCGGUCAAGCGUUGUCAAUCUGAUGAAAGCGUUAUUUCUCGCCUCGCCGAUAGCAUUCACGAGGAAGUGCAGAGAGAUCAGGUAUUCGCGGAUGUGCUUCAGAUCCUGCUGGCUCGAGUGAGCGUGCCUUGGCUCGAGACAUUGGCGGGCAAUCUGGGAUUUGCGGAUCCAGUCGCAGGAGUUUCAGAUGAUGAUGCCGCACAAGACUUCAAGUCCAGUAUCCAAUCCAGCACGGCGUUUGUCAGUGCUGAGGAUCGUAAUCUGCUCUACGAAACGACCUCUGCAGUCUCCCUUCUGCGGCAAAUUGAUUCCAACCAUGCUCUCACAGGAGUACGAACAGUUCAACUCGCAAGCCUAUCGCCCGUCGCAUGCUUCACCGACAGUGCAUUGGAUUCGUCGAGCAUAGCAGAAACUGCGCGAAGUUAUCAAGAGGACAUGAUUUCUUUACUCGUGAAAGGGAGACCGAACGCUGAGCCGACUACUGCAGACAUCAGGGCGUCCUUCCAGAUGUUCGGCAAUGGCAACUUCGUAUCAAGAAUGUGUGCAGCACUAUUCAGCGAGGAUGUGCAAUCUGCUGAGCGAAGGCGUGGCACAGUCCCAACAGCAGAGACCGUCGGCCUGCGUCUGGGAGCGUCGCAUGAUGAGCGCUGGCCACCUGCUAGUUCUGAGCUGCAACUUUCGUUGAUGGGUAUUCUUGACGACUCUGCCGGCGACGCCUCGAUAUCAGAAAACUUGAGCUUUGCGAUACGUGAGUUGCCAGAAGUUGAGAUCGAUAGAGUACUGGACCCACACUCCAUCUAUGCCUUGGAUUUCUUAAGGCUGCAGUACAAUGUCACUGCCCCAUUAGAUGCGGUGCUGACAUCUAACGCUCUCAACAACUACGACGAGAUUUUCCGCUUCCUGCUCAAACUCCUGAGACUAGUCCACGCCACCGGCGAGCUAUCAAAGCAAGUGCUCAAGACCCGACCAUCCGCCAUAGCUUCAACCUUCGCCCAAGAAUCUCAACUCUUCGUCAGCAUCCUCGUUUCCCACAUCAUGGACCUCGGUAUCGCACCUCCCUGGCAAGAACUCAUACAAUCAAUCCUCAACCUCGAACGAAAACUCGAAGAAGAAGAUACAAAAAACGAAAUCGGCACCCGCGCCCACCUCGGCAUCGAAGGUCUCCAACACAUCCACGAGGCAUGUUUAGAUCGCAUCCGAAGCAGACUCUUCCUCAAGCGCAAACAUGAGAAGCUGCGGAAUUCUGUCGAGACGGUAUUCGCUGCUUUGCUC